AUGCCGGCAACGCCAUUAUCGUGUUCGUUCCUCACCUUGCAACCUCGCUUCAAUUCAUACGUUAAACCUAUUUUCCGUUCACUCAGCUUUCAACUCCCUUCUUCCACGCUCCCAUUCAAUGCCAACUUUUCCAGUAUCAGACUCCGCUCUUCGCUCUCGCGAGCUGCGGAGACCGAUUCUCCGACCGGUGGAAGGUCCGGCGCGUUAACUCCCGGUCCCACCGUCACAGGAGAUGUUCAGAAAAUCGACGUGAAUCCUCCCAAGGGGACGCGCGACUUCCCACCCGAGGACAUGCGCUUGCGCAAUUGGCUCUUCAACCAUUUCAAAGAGGGUCAGGUUUCGCGGUUGUAUGGAUUCGAAGAGGUUGAUUAUCCGGUGCUUGAGUCGGAGGCAUUGUUCACUAGGAAAGCGGGAGAAGAGAUCAAGGACCAGGCAAAAAUUUAUGGUAAUACAGUGAAACCAAUUAUUCGGUGUUUAUUGUUUUUUGAAUCUUUAUUGUUUUUUGAGAGAAUAAAUGAAUGGCUUUAUUGUUUUGAAGAUCGCGGCAAUCGACGUGUUGCGUUGAGGCCUGAACUUACUCCUUCUUUGGCAAGGCUGGUGAUACAGAAAGGGAAGUCAGUGUCACUACCAAUUAAGUGGUUCACUGUUGGACAAUGUUGGCGGUAUGAGAGAAUGACAAGGGGUCGCCGUCGUGAGCAUUACCAGUGGAACAUGGAUAUUAUUGGUGUUCCUGGGGUUAUGGCUGAAGCAGAGCUUAUAUCUUCUAUUGUCACUUUGUUUAAGCGAAUAGGAAUUACAGAAUCAGAUGUUGGAUUUAAGGUUUCCAGUCGAAAGCUGCCUGAACAGCUUCUGGUGAUGUCAAUGCCAAAAGCUUGCAGCCAACUGGCAACUGCUAACACAUGUGCUCCCAAGUGCAACUUCUCUUUCGUGAGUGAGUCUUACCCAUUGUCAUUAGAUCAGUCCACCAAGGCUCGACAACAAUCAAUGUUUGAUAAUGUUGCUCAAGUCAUUGCCCUUUUCAGCAUUGAGGAUGUUACUACAUUUAUUGUUGAUCACGAUGAUUUUCUCCAUUUCAAGGUUGCCUAUCAACCCACCUACCCUAUUGACCCACCUAACCUAUCCUUAGGAAAAAAUUGGAAGACAUUUGGUCAUUUGGCUGGUGCAACAUCAAUCUUUAGUAGCAUGUUUGAUUCUUUGGCAAUGCGAAGAGUGCAAGAACUUAUCUUCUCUGGAAGAACCUUCAACACUCCCUUUGUUGUUGAAAGUUUGUGGAAAAUGUCUUAUAUUUUGCUUGAAAGCUCCUUCUCGUUGAGACCAUUUACUCUUAUGCAUGAAGCUUGCUUCUUUGUGGGUAAACAGAGUUUGCCUACAGCUUUAGUUCUUACAUUUAACUUGAUUCAUAUGGUUCUACAGGAAAUUGAGAAAAUUCCAAUUGACGAGAUAAAGAAAGAGUUGAAAGCUGUUGGUCUAUCACAAGAGGCUGUCCAGAAGCUAUUGGAUGUCCUUUCUGUGAAGUCAUUGACAGAGUUAGAAGAGAGACUUGGGUGCAGUGGGGAAGCAGUUGCCGAUCUUAAACAGCUAUUCUCUCUUGCUGAAAAAAAUGGUUUCUCGAAAUGGCUUCAAUUUGAUGCGUCAGUUGUUCGAGUUGGGCUGAUUGAUUCUAUGACAACUGCACUGAAGGUUCAUUCAGAUAUUCUUGGGGCUUGUGUUUGCAAAGGCUCUCCCUCAAAGAUCCGGCAGGGUUUUGACCGAGAAGGAAAGCUGCGAGCUAUUUGUGGUGGUGGUCGAUAUGAUCAUUUAUUCUCAACUUUUGGUGCUGAUGACAUUGCUGCUUGUGGUUUUGGAUUCGGUGAUGCUGUCAUAGUGGAAUUAUUGGGUCUUCCUACUUCAAAGUUGCUCAAAGAGAAGGGUAUGUUUCCAGAGCUUAAUUUGCACAUAGAUAACAUUGUUUGCGCAUUGGAUGAAGAUCUUCAAGGAUGUGCUGCUAUGGUUGCAAACAUUCUCCGAGAAAAAGGGCAGAGUGUUGAGUUGGUUUUGGAAAGCAAACCACUAAAAUGGGUUUUUAAACGAGCAUCCCGAGUAAAUGCUGAGCGGCUUGUAUUAGUGGGGAAUUCAGAAUGGCAAAGAGGUGUGGUUGGUGUCAAAAUUCUUUCUACUGCUGAACAGUACGAGGUUAAACUUGAUGAUUUGAAGUAA